AUAACGGAGGUAUCCGUUGAACGGCCACCGUUAAUAACACAUUUUGCGAUGAAUGCUUUCGUUCACAAAGAAAACUACAUUCGCGAGUUUAAUCUAUCGCUAAAAUGGGCUGAAGUCCGUCGUUGUGCAAGUUUUGGGAGGGUUUACGAGAAUAGAGCCUUGAAAUUAGUUUGAAAUUGUCUAAAACUAGUUGGAAAUCUUUAAAAUUAUUUGGAAAUUCAUUUGUAAGAUGUGGUUUGCUCCUAAUCUCCAGAGAUCUUACAAGUACCUGACGUUAGUCAAGAUGCCAUCGCUGCGCAUCGACCAGAGCGAGCUGAAGUGUAAGAAUGGGUGUGACUAUUACGGGAACCCACAGUGGCAAGGCUACUGCUCCGAGUGUCAUCGGGAGCAGAAGGCUAAGCACCGGAGAGCAGAGAAAGAAAAGGCCCAAGCGUCAACGCUACCCCGCCCCGAGCACAGGACGCCCGAGCGGGAGCGGGGUCGCCUCGCCCCUCAUUCCUCCUUCUCUAAGUUUGAGGAGAAGCGGCUGCGGCAGAGCGAGACGCUGAAGAAGGCUAAUCUGCUGAAGUUUAGCGUGUUCAAGAAGAGUAGCACAGAUGACCACGACACACCAGAAAAGCGUGUAGAGUUCAAAGUCCCAACCUCCGUCUUCGAAAAUAUGAAGCGUGAUUUCCGUCAGCGAUUCCCUGAACUUUACGCGCAGGCGCCGAACAUAGAGCGCGACGCGCGUGCAAUAGUGGAGAAGCUGGUGCAUGACGUCAUCAAGUGUUCCGGGUUCCUGUCCGUUGAUGAGCUGUCCGAGAGAGUGCAGCGCCUUUACCAGCGCUACAUGAAACACAUGGACACUCACUACCCCAACGUGGAUUCCGAGAUGAAGGAGGUGCUUAUGGACUUUGUAGAGAAGCACGCCAUGACAUACUUACAUGAUCUUCCGUCAAUAGUAUUCUCCCCCUACGGUACUGACGAUGAGCGCCUAGACAGAGCGCUGUCGGAAAGGAUCCAGCAGUUAAGUUGGGUUGGAGAGAAACAACUGGAAUGUCGCUUAGCGGAACCUGCGAAAUGCCGUCAACUACUCUAUCGUGCUAUAAAUGAAUUGCUGGGCAUGGACAGCGCGCCGUCCCCUGGCGGCAAGCUGGCGCGAGUCCGGCGCUGCUGCCGCCACGUGCUGGCGCUGUGCGGCGCGCCGGCCUCCGCUGACGAUCUGCUGCCCGCCCUUAUAUUCACAGUAUUAAAGGCGAACCCACCUCGUCUGGUGAGUAACAUCAACUUCGUGACGCGGUUCUGCAACGCGCAACGUCUCAUGACCGGCGAGGGGGGCUACUAUUUCACCAACCUGUGCUGCGCGGUGUCGUUCAUCGAGAACCUGACCGCGGAGUCCCUCAACAUGGACAAGCAGGAGUUCGACGGCUACAUGGCCAUGCCGGCCUCCAUCGGGGGCAGCUCCUGGGCCGCAGCUCUUUCACUGUCCGCUGAACUUCGCGAGGCGGAAGAGCACAUGGCGCUGGCGAAGAAAUUACUCGCGCAGGCGCAAGAGAUCGAACGGGGUGCCGACGAUCUCGCGGCCAACGCUGAAACCUUCGAGAAAGAGAUAGCGAAGAAAGUGCAAGACGUCCUCACGAAGACACCCCUCGAGAUAAAACCACGUCGGACUCUUCCAAAAUUUGGGAAGUUUAAAACACUCAACUCUGAGCCGCUUGUCGACUUGGAUAUACCAUCACCGCCACAGGAAAGUAUAACUGACGAGACAAAAACUGAAGUGAAACAGGACACCAAAGAUGACUUGGAUGGAAUAUCAGAACCACCAAAACAGGAGAUUGUUCAACCUUUGAUACAGACAGAAGAACCAACCAACUCAGAACCUGAGCCUAGAGAGAGACUUAACAUCUUAGGCUUUGAAGAGCUAAACUCUCCUCCUAAAUCGCCUCAUUUAGAUCAGACCUGGGAUUUAAAGCAGACAAGCUCCAUGGAACUCCUUACUCCAUCUCCUCUAGGCUUCACGCCAUUCGACUCAAGAUCUAUAGACGAACUGAUGACUCCAGAUGAAUUUGGUUCCGAACACUUGCCUCCUGGCUUGAGCAAUAUCAACUAUGAUAUAGAUUUGUCAGACUUCAGCGGAGAUAAUAGUAUAGCAGAAGAUGCUCCUAAGGAGAAAGAUCCUUUCAGCCCAGAGAUGAAGAAAGAAGCCACCUUUGAUCCAUUUGCAGCAAGGGAUCCAUUUAGUCCUGUACAAGAAAUGUUUGAUCAGUUCACUCUUUUAGACUCGAAGAAUAAAUCGUCUGACCCAUUUGAAAUGAUUCCUAAAAAGGAUCCAUUUGUACCUGUUAGUUCUGUAAAAGAUCCAUUUAGUCCUGUGGUUACUAAAGAUUCUUUCAGUUCUGCAGGUAAGGAUCCUUUCAGUCCUGUAGUCAGCACUUCUGUUGAUAAAGAUCCUUUUAGCCCCUUAGUCAGUGCUGCUAAGGAUCCAUUUAGUCCUGGUAUCAGUUCUCAAACUAAGGAUCCGUUUAGUCCUGGUAUCAGUUCUCAAACCAAGGAUCCAUUUAGUCCUGAGCAGAACGCUUCUAUUUUGGAUGACGGUGACUCUCCCACGGCAGCUUGCCUUUUGCCAUCGCCGUUGUUACCCCAAAGUAGUGGAAAGAAAACUUAAAUAUGUAUUUAAAUACAUCAAAACGAGGCACCAACUUGGUCAAUUGGAAACAUGUCAGUCAAGAACUGAUACCCGACUACUUUAUUAGGUACAUACCUUAGAAUGGAUAUUAGAUAAUUGGUGGAUUUUAUUGUAAAAUAUUUCGUUAUUCGUACAAAUUAUUAUAUUUGGUGCUCCAACAUAAGUUUCCCUUAUAAUUAUAAAUUUUAUUUUUGAAUCUUGCACACUGUGAUUGUUGUUUGAAAUUAUGGAUUGUAAUUUAUUUUUAGUUUAUAUUAGUUAUAAAAAAUCUAAAAUGAAAUAAGUGAUUUUAUUGCAAAUUUUAAUACAAUAUCAUCACCAUGUAUACACCUGUAUUAAUAUAUCUGUUAAAAUGACACUAAAAUCAAUUUAUUUCUCUCGAAAAAUAGGUUACACAAGGAUCGUCAUGCCAAACAGUACCAUUUUUAAAGAGCCAUAAAAACUGUUCCAAUAAGAACCUACUUAAAUUUAUAUCUCAGACUGCAUUAAUUUCUAAAAAAAUUGUUAUGUUAAGAAAGUUGUUAUGGUAAACUAUUCAUAAUAAAGUGGUAUAAGUACACUAA